UUUCGCGGCAGAAACUUCAAAGCUCCUAGCACGCUUUUAGUAAUGGCAAAGUAGCUUAGAGUGUUGCUUAGAACCACCCUUUACUCUUUACUUCGAGGCGAAGUAAAUGUGGUGCUGUGUCAAUGGAAACGACAUUGGGAUCGUCGCCACACAAUGAGGCUGUCUCACAUUACGCUGCUCCAGGAUGGUCGGGGACGAAUAACAAUUGGAGAAGCAACCAGGACAGAACAGCAAGGAGCAGGACACACAAACACCUCAUGCUCGAGCCCGUUGAGUAAAACAAGAUUCCAUCUUCAGAACACAAGGACCAGGGGUGUUAACUUCUCAUUAAAGAAGAUCCAAGCGAUACCUGCACAUUUGAGUUCUUGAGUCCCAGCCAUAUGGAUCUACAGCUGCAAGAGAUGCUGCUGGCCCCAAAGUGCAGUGUUCGGCUUUCGAGAGUAAAACUGGAACCUCCUGACGCUGCAUGUCUACACGAACAGGGCCAGAUACAGGAACAGUACUGCAGCGAGUCUCCAUCAAGAAGCGAUAGUUACGGAGUGACAGCUGGGACGUGUGACGUUAAAGAAGAACCUCCAGAGGAAGCUUCAAAGGAACAUGCAAUAGUGCAAGUCAAAACGGAGCCUCAUAACGUUGCAAUCUUGACUGGACCGGACCAUAUAGUACACAGCUGUGAUUCACCAUCAGAAGCUGGGAUAUGUGACGUUAAAGAAGACCGUCAAGAGGACACUUCGAAUGAACAUCCAAUCAUAGAAGUCAAGACAGAACCUUAUGACGUUGCCGUCUUGACAGAACAGGACCAGAUGGGACACAACUGUGAUUCAAGAUCAGAAGCAGCAAGAGAGAGUCCCACUACUCCUCCAUCGGAUGCUCAGAUGGGAGAGACGGGUAUUGGGUGCGACAUCUGUUCCUCUGUUCCUGGGUUCUCAUGGUCUUGGAGUGACGAGAACCACGUGUCGAAGCAUACAGACGAGAAGCCAUGCAAGUCCAAUCUCUGUUCUGCACAGUUCCGGCGGAGCACGAGCCCAUGGUGUCACAAGCGAGCACAUACGGGCAAGGAGCCGCACAAGAGUGAUCUCCGCCUUGCGGAGUUCAGCCAGAUUGCGCACCUGCAGCUGCAGAAACGAGCACACACAGACAAAAACCGAUACAAGUGUGAUGUCUGCCCUGCGCAGUUCAGCCAGAGCCGCCACCUACAGUAUCACAGGCGGACACACACGGGCGAGAAGCCAUACAAGUGCGAUGUCUGCCCUGCAGAGUUCAGCACGAGUGUCCAGCUACAGUAUCACAGGCGGACACACACGGGUGCGAAGCCAUACAAGUGCGAUGUCUGCCCUGCAGAGUUCAGCCAGAGCGGGAACCUACACCAGCACAAGCGGGCACACACGGGCGAGAAGCCAUACAAGUGCGAUGUCUGCCCUGCAGAGUUCAGCAGGAGCGGGAACCUACAGCGGCACAAGCAUACACAUACGGGCGAAAAGCCGUACAAGUGCAAUGUCUGCCCUGCACAGUUCAGCACGAGUGUCCAGCUACAGUAUCACAGGCGGACACACACGGGUGAGAAGCCAUACAAGUGCGAUGUCUGCGCGGCAGGGUUCAGCCGGAGUGGGAGCCUACAGCGUCACAGCCGGACACACACGGGUGAGAAGCCAUACAAGUGUGAUGUCUGCCCUGCAGAGUUCAGCCAGAGUGGGAACCUACACCAGCACAAGAGGACACACACGGGCGAGAAGCCAUACAAGUGCGUUGUCUGCGCAGCAGGGUUCAGCCGGAGUGGGAGCCUACAGUAUCACAGGCGGACACACACGGGUGAGAAGCCAUACAAGUGCGAUGUCUGCCCUGCAGAGUUCAGACAGAGCGGGAACCUACACGAGCACAAGCUGACACACACGGGCGAGAAGCCGUACAAGUGCGAUGUCUGCCCUGCACAGUUCAGCACGAGUCUCCAGCUACGGUAUCACAGGCGGACACACACGGGUGCGAAGCCAUACAAGUGUGAUGUCUGCCCUGCAGAGUUCAGCCAGAGCGGGAACCUACACCAGCACAAGUGGACACACACGGGUGAGAAGCCGUACAAGUGCGAUGUCUGCCCUGCACAGUUCAACACGAGUGUCCACCUACAGUAUCACAGGCGGACACACACAGGCGAGAAGCCAUACAAGUGCGAUAUCUGCCCUGCAGAGUUCAGCCAGAGCGGGAACCUACUCCAGCACAAGCGUACACAUACGGGCGAAAAGCCAUACAAGUGCGAUGUCUGCCCUGCAGAGUUCAGCCAGAGCGGGAACCUACACCAGCACAAGCGUACACAUACGGGCGAAAAGCCAUACAAGUGCGAUGUCUGCCCUGCAGAGUUCAGCCAGAGCGGGAACCUACACCAGCACAAGUGGACACACACACACGGACGGGCGAGGAGCCAUACAAGUGCGAUGUUUAUCCUGCCGAGUUGAGCAAGGGCACGAAGCUGUGGAACCACAAGUGCAGGCACGAGGGCGAGAAGCCACAGAAGCGCGAUGUCUCUCCUGCAGACUUCAGCCAGAACACAAGUACGUCUUUUUACAAGGGAAAACGCACGUGUAAGAAGCUGUACAAGUGCAGUCCCCUCUCUUGCAAAGUUCAGCCAUGGCAAUGAUCUUGCGGCACUAUGUGCAGGGGAGAAGCCAUACACAAGUGCCAUGUCUACCGUGCAGAGUUCAGCCAGAACACAAAUCUGAACAAUUAUAAAUGCGCACACACGGGCCAGAAGCCAUACAGGUGCGAGUUCUGACCUGCAGGGUCACCCACUGGACGAAUUGCGAUGUCACAAGCAGACACAUAUGACAGAGGAUCCCUACAAGUGGGAUGUGCGUCUUGCAGAGUUCAGCCACAGCGUGGGCCUGUGGCAUCACAAGUAGACACAGACAGAUAUGUGAAACCAUACAGAAGUAUUCUCUGUUCUACAAACUUGGCAUAGCAUUCCGCAUGCUGAUUCCACUAAUAUAUCUGAAAUGUCGUGCCGCAAUAGAGUUGAAUUGCACAGAAACUUUGAAGAUCCCUUGCUCCCAUUGCACCACGCUUAAAGUUGAAUGGAAUCAAUUACUGCGUAUAGUACCUUCCAAGGGGGACGUGUUUAUUAAAGAACAGAUGAAGAUAACAAACAACAUAUAUACAUAUUCUGAUGAUGAAGUGGGGAGGUUUUCCAUAACUAGGGUGUCUAAUAUGAGUGGUGACAAUGAUAAGUGGUGACGAUGAGAGGUGACUGGAAUGAUUGUAGCUGCGGUGGCGUUGCUGAAUGUGAUCGUGAUGGUGGAAAUGUCCAAAUAUAACAAAACAUAGGCUAGACUCAUCAAUAGAUCGUAUUGACAAAUAUAAUAGAAGUCAGCUGGUGCAUGCAACAUCAAAACGGAAGUGUGGUUCUGCCAUACUGUAGCAUGAGCUCGUGAACAAAUUGUACAUGGCCACAUGACCGUGUCAACUACUUAAAAGAAAGUUAACUUACGUUAACAUGAGUACGGAUUUGUCCAGCCAGUGCAGCAGUUUAUAUACACACUGUAACCGUUUUCACGUCUUGAAAGGUGUAAUAACCUGCAAUGCGUACGCCUUUUUCGGUGUAAUUUUGGUAAGAUCAUAAUGGAGCACGGUUUCGCACUAAUUUUCUUUAAUCAAAUGUUGUGUGUUCUCCAAAAAUUAAGCCUUGCAACGUCGCAACAUUGUUGAACAGUAUUGUAGACACUUGCACGUGCUCGAUUAUCGGUAGCGAUGCACAUAUGCAUUAGCACCAAGACAUAAUGACACUUGACCUUUUCUAAUGCUUUCCGAAUUUUUAAAAUAUCAUCCUGGAGGUACAAUGUUACGCAACCAGGUUGAAUGCGCAUAGCGCUCACGUUUAAAGGUGUGAAAAAGUUUACAGUGCACUGAGCACACAAGCACGUGGAAGAACAUGCAGCCAUAUGUUAGCAGUAGCUAUCGUGCUUUUGCGUUAUUGACAGCUGCCGUGUGACUGCAUUGCUUUUCUGUGCUCAUUUAUUGAGUGUGGAUAUAGACAACAGUAGUAAACGAGGCUAAACAAGCACCCAUGUUGCACUUGCUCUCCUUCUUUUACUUUGUUGAUAGCUGUCAUAUGGCCACAGAGUUUGUCCAUGUGCUCAUGUGUUCAGUGUGAAUAUAGUGCUAAACAACCACAAAAAAGUGUCCUUUUUGUGUCUCCUGAAGCUCAAGGCUUUUCUUUCAAACAAAAAUGUAUGCUUGCUGUUCGGCAUCUUUUUGUGAGUAGGAGUGUUGGAAAUUACUCGACGACACUGCAGCUUUACACUGAUGUGAUCUGUGCACUCUCUAUUAUAUGGCCUCAUAUCCUGUAUCGGUAAACCUUAAGAAUGGAAAAACACACCCCUGUGGAGUCAUGCCACACGAUUUGUCAUAUCCACCUGCAUCCACAUUGCAAUUAUGCCCCUAUUUAUGGCGAAUGCCAGAAUGCCUCUAAUACGGCUGUUGUGCCUGUCUUGAACGAAUUCUGAAUAACUGAGUUCAAAAAUGGUAGUAAACCAAACGAGUAACCGCUUCUAAUAUACAUAAGCAUAGUACUUCAGUGCACUUUCAAUUAUAUUACAACUUGUUCUCCUUACACACGCUCAGAUGCAUGCUAAGCAUCCACGUUUUUUUUGUUUGUGACACGUCCUGUACAUUACCUACGCAGAACAGGUACUCUCAUUUCACACCAGCUCUCCUCUGCCUUGACUCGCACUCUACCCCUAACUGUAGAGCAGUGAGUGGAGGGUGAAUAGAAUAUGGGCAUACUACGGUCACAAAGUUCUUAUGUAACUAAGGCAGCGUUCACACGGGGCAACUUUUUCCAGCAACUAUGAGCAACUUUGGAGUUGCUGUCAGACGGCAACCUCCAGCAACUCGAGUUGCUCAGAGUUGCUGCGAAUCGCUCCCCGACCGAAAACUUGAGAAGUUGCUCGUGCAUCGGCCAAUCAGAGAGGGAAGCAUUGCCACGUGACUCCCGAUGGCGUUGUGGAUUUCAUUCGUGGGUUCAUGGGUUCAAAUCCUGCAGGUGCAGCUGAAAAAUAACUUUUUCUUUUUUUUACGAACUUCACAGAAACAUAUCAGCUGCCACUUCUGGAAGGCAAUAAUGAUCUAUUGGGGCAAUAAAACUGACUGAAAUUUGAUAAACAGCAGCUAAAGAAAAGAUUCCACCAGUUCGAUUCGAACCCACAUUGUCCGGUCGCCAUAAGGUUGCUUGUGGGUUGAGCUACCGAGUUGCUGCGUGUGAACGCGGACUCGAAAUUGCUCAAAAGACGUUGGUUUGAGUUGCUUAGAGUUGCUGGGAAAAGUUGCCCUGUGUCAACGCCGGCUAAGGAUGUGUCAUCAGCAUCAUGAUAAAUGAUGAUUCUAACAUCUAUGGAUCUGUCAUUCGAAACAGUGACUGAAUGCCGUUGCAAUACGAGACACUAUGACAUACAUUUAUUGCUGGAAAGCUUCCUUCCUCCUCAUCAUCACCAGGAGAAUAUGUGGCAUUUCACGCACACCACGAGAUAUUUGCGCAUGGCGACGGAAGAAUUGGUGAGCGUGUGGAUGACGAUGGUGAUGGUGCGGAUAAGGCAUGUGGCGUCGCCAGUCGUCAUGUGCCUGCGGUAGUGGCUGACGAGAAACCUCACGAAGUCGUGGUCUUCGUCCUGCAGGACAUCGCAGACGAGAUUUAUGGCCCCCGUCAGGUAUCCGUGGACGCGGUGGCAGGUCACCAGUUCUUUCUAGAGGCUGUUAAAGGCCCCCGAGGAGGCGCGACACAAUGCGCCGGUAGUGCAGUACCAACAAGAUUGGCACUGCGUCGGGCGUUGGCAGGCGCCCGCAGAUGAUGGCAGGGAGAAGAGCGAGGAGACGCUUCAACGUCGAGCAGGGAUUCCAGCCAGACAAGGUAAAGGGAUAAAUCGGGGUAUGCGAAACACAAAACGGUAUCUACUUAUCUUCUUCUAUGGUGAUACGGUGGUUCGGCAUUUCACUUUCAGGUGGGUAACCGUUCAAUCGAAUUACAAGAACGCAGUUACGAGGAAAUGUGUGUUAUAUCUUGAUUCGGAUGGUGGCUCAUGGUAGCAGGAGGGGUGCAUAUACAGGUAAUGUCCGUGUAACGGUACUUGACUAUACGUUCAAUAGAUUUACUAAGGCGAUGCUGUCAGUGACUAGUGCAAAUGUAGGAUACGUGUCGAAUACCUUCUCGAGUACGAGCUGCACUCUGUACAUAGUCUUCCUAACUCACUGUCGUCUCUCUUUCUUUCUUUCUGCACGAGAAUGGUAAUCAAGUAUAAUUAUCGCUUAUUAUAUUAGUGGCACCAAUCGUUACAGUUUACAAAAUUGUGUUUAGUCUGCAACUCUCUACUCUGAGGAUCUCAAAUAAAAUGGACUCACAUGGUCAAUGUUAAUCCGCCACUUGCGAAAAAAAAAAAAAAAAAACACGGCGCAGGCGCACAUCCCACUCUCCCUAGUGCUUCCCGCCGGGUUUCGAACUGGCUGGAAAACAGACGCCAUCUCGCCGCUGCUGCAAGCCAUGCCUGUGAAAUGCGUCUCUUAUGGCUGUACGAAUUAUUAUGUGCAGGGCAAGAAGUUACGUUUUUCUUUUUUUAGGUUUCCGUGUGAUAUGUUAUACCCUCAAAAACGGGUUCGGUGGGUUCGGGCUGUGAAAAGACAGGAAGAAUUGCGAGACAUGACAACAUUUCCAACCGUCCAGGAAACACAAACGAAUUUGCCCAAAGCUUUUCGCAAGCUUCCCAACACAAGAUUAGUACUCGAUGCGACUCAAGUCAGAAUCCGGAGGCCACCCUCACUAAAUGCACAGAGACAAACUUUUUCGCAUUAUAAACAUUACAACACCUAGAAAGCAGUUGUAGUCUGCACGCCGGGCGGUUACAUCAGCUUUGUUUUCCGGCUUUGGGGUUGGUCCGUAUCUGAUGUGGACAUGGUGCAGAGUAGAGUAUUGUUAGAUCGCCUCGAAGAGGGUGAUGCAUUAAUGGUAGAUAAGGGCUCGAAUGUUCCGUGUCUCCCCAAGGAACUGAAGUGUACAAUCCACCAUUGAGGGUGAGAGGAGAAGCCCCGAUAUCCAAGAGCAGGGUUCAGAGUACAAGAGAAAUUGCCAGUGAAAGGGUGCACGUUGAAGGUGUGACCCGACGUGUGAAAGAAUUUCACAUUCUUGAUCGGGCCUUCCCAAUCAGCAUGGUGGACAUUGCUUGAUAGAUAUUUUAUGUACGCUGCUACCUUAGUAAUUUCCAAAUACCUUAAAUGAGGCCUAACACGACACAGGGAAGGUAUUAAACAACUGUACACGUAUAUCAUAAUGUAAUCUGUGAAGUGACCUUAUCAUGAACAAAGUAAUAAAAAUGACUCAGUUAUGAGAACCGCA